AUGCUGAUAAGGUUCUGGAGGCAAUUUGCUGCUUGGUCCGAGGCUGUGCGUGGUGGCGAUGCAGACCCAGUUGCCUUGGGUCAGCUUGUUCAGGAGCUAUUGCAGAAGGAGGAGUCCUUUGCUGAGCAAAAUGCCAAACGUUUACGGCUUGUUGCUGAUGCUUUCCUACGAGAUGACUUUGAUGAAACAGUCGUGAACAUUGUUGAUUGUCUCAUGCAGCCUCUUGACGCUUUGAUGAACCGAUUUCUGCAAAGAACGGAUAUUCUCAACAAGAUACGAUACCAGGAAACAGGCAAUGGACUCACGACUGACGCUCUGAAGCAAAAGUCUCGAGCCAUGUUUCUACGUUGGGCUCAAGGUGAUAUGGGCCAGGACGUCAUCAGUCAUUUCUUGAAGAUCUUGAAGAGCUCGGACUUGGCAGGUUUCUGCAGGGUGCAGCCAGACAGGGCCAGCACGCUGAGCAUGACUUGCUUCCAGCUGAUCGUAUUUGCCAUCAGUGACAUUUGGCGGCGAUUUUGUUUUUCGACAAAGAGCUUCCCCUGGUGCUUGUUCCCCUUGAUUUCCAGCAGCGAGUCUGACUUCUGUUCUGCAUGGACCAGCUUCAGGAGGACCUUGGAUCGUUGUCCAGAAUGCGUGGAUGUUGCAUUCAGCAGGCCUUUGCUGAGAGGGUUUGAUCCAGCAAGUGUUGGCCCGGAUAAUGUAACUGGGCAUGUCCAGGAAUUGCGUGCGAUGCUUGAUCAGAUUGCAACAUAUUCUCCAUUGGCUACAGACUCAGUGGAAACUUUGCACGCACAAAAUCAGGAUAAGCUGUACACGUGGAGGGGAUAUGUGCUAGGAGGGGCAGCUGCUGCUAAGCAUUGCAUUCUUGGUGCGCUGGCAAAUGAGCAUGCUCAUUUGAAGUCAGUCAUGGAUCCAGAGAUCAUGCCCAGCAAGGUGCGUAUCUCUUUGAUGCAGAAGCAUAUUGGGCGAAAGCGGAAGCAGCAACCGAAUGCACCCAUUGCAAGCCGUACGAAGCGGCUCCACACGGCCAUCAAAGAAAAGCGAAGGAGGCUGAGCCCGUGGAACAUCUUUAAAAGAGAAAAGCUGGCCAACUUUUCCCGCCGUCUGUCUCGAGCAGAGUUUGAAGUAGAAUCUAAGAAAAUCGCCCAACAAUGGCGGCAAAUUUCAGAUGAGGAACGCCAACAUUAUGUGAUGGCGUGUGAGUACGAGCAACGCUGUCGGGAUGAACUGGUCAGCCGUCCUCUGACAUCCAAGCUCCCGAAGUGUGCUGUUGCAGAGGAUUCCAAUGAGGCGCCAGCCAAUGUCGAUGAGCCGGUCCGGGUGGAUUCUUUGACAACGGACCAGCUCCAGAAGGUGGCAGGCGCCCGCUUCUGCAAGAAGGUGUCAGCGAAGAGAUUGCUCCACAACUGCGAGCAGCAGAAGCAAGCUGCUGGCUGGGUGACAUAUGGUCUUGGCUUGCAAGACUGCCAUGGGGCAAUUUCGCGCGGUCGCAUUGAUCUGAAUACUGAGCAACUUGUGGUUGACAGGGCAGUGGAAAACAACAUACACCAUGCCAUUGCUGAGCCAGAUGAGGAUGCAUAUGCCCACUUGCCAGAUCCUCACAGCGCGUGUUGCCACAAUCUGUUUGGGUAUUGCAAACAAGAUGCAGCUCGCCAUGUUGCACAACACUUUGCAAGCCAUUUAUCCACGAAGGUGCGUGAGCUUCAUCUGCCCACAGGCACCUUGGUGACAUUGCAGACAGUCUUGAAGGAUUCAGCAGCAGCCAGCAGAGCAUUCUUCUUGGGCGUGCUAUGCUAA